GAUGAGGAAAAAUACUACAAAAAUUACAUUGCUGCACAAUGUAGUUCAAAUACCAUUUUUAAUAUUCAAAUUUACACUGAAUUUUUAAAAUAUAUAUUGUUACCGGCUGGAUUACUUACAUCAUGCGUCAGCGUCUAAUACACCGUACAAAUCCUACUCCGAUAUUGUGUCUUGCUGCUCUACAAGUUGUUUUUGGGAUUUUGAUGAUAAUAAGCGAUAUCGUCGCUCUUGCCGGUUUCUACGGUGUGGGAAGCGCGCUAUUCAGCGGCUACUACGUGGGCUUGGGAGAAGGUGUCUUAUUGAUUGUCGCCGGUGCAUUCGGCAUUGUUGCCGGCCGGCGUUUGCAUCUGCCGGCACAGUUCAAUUUUCUGAAGCCUAACCACCGGAAAUUCCUCAUCGCAAUCCUUAUCACCAUCUUUACCAUCAGUGCCCUGGGAACUGCUGCAGGACUGGCAAUGACCAUUUAUUAUAGCCUCCUUGUCAACGCCUCCGGAAUCGGUUCUGCAUCGCAUGACCUUUAUCCCUUCUACGUAGACAUUACUGUAAUAAAUUUAACACUGCAAGUACUCGUAUUCGUUGGCAGCGUGUCACAGGCCAUCGUAGUCGGAUUGAGCAUCCGCAGGUUUCCCUCGGCCAAGUUUGAUACACGACCUCUUACUGAUACAAAGGUCAUCUGUCUACGAAGCUGACUGUUUGCUGCAAUUGCAGCUGUUCAAGAUACCAUAGAUAAUCCACCCGUUCCCCUUCGCAAACUACAGACCGGACAUCAGCAGCCGCCAGUGCCGGUGGAUGCCGAUAUCGAUAAUUAUCCCCCAGUGCCACUCGUUACGACAAAAGACAGAAGCGAUCAACAGCUUCCUGUACUCAGAGAGGACGCAGAUUUGCGCCAGCUUCCUGUACCGAAGUUACUUUAAAAAAUAAAUUAUUGUCUUUUAAUACAACUCCGGCCAUGUUCUGCAUUGUAACCCUUACACUUCUUGUUAAACUAUGAGUCGGAAUAGCUGUGCUAACUGCUAAACAGAAAAUAUUUAUUUUCGAUCAUGUACAUAUACUAUUUCACAAAUGCAGCAAAACAGUAAC